AUGGAGGUGCAGUUUGGUGCCUGCAAUGCUGUGAAGAAAGUGCCCGGCUUUCUCCGCUGUUUCCCCAACCUGGAGACUCUCCAUGUCCAGUCCACCCGCAUACUUGAGGAGUCCACCGGCAAGGUCAACCUCAAGUUCUGGCAGGAGGGCGGCCCCAUCGAAUGCGUCCUGCAGAGCAUGAAGAAGUUGUUCUUCUACGAGUUCCAAGGGUCGAGAAGCGAGCUUACUUUCCUCAAGUUUAUCGCGGAGAGAGGGCGGGUGCUGGAGCAGAUGGUGGUUGUGGUGGCCAGUGAGUGUUUCUCCUCGGGAGACAAUGUCAAUGCCAAACUGAAGCCUCUGGCCAAUGCAAAAUGGAGCAGCAAAGCUUGCAAGCUAGAGCUCUUCAGAAGCCCAUUCGAGGAGGUGUCAGGUCCUCCUUACUGCCACAAGAUAGCUUCUGAUUUUGGGUUUGCUGACCCUUUUGACCUCCAGUACUACUCCGAAGUAGAAGUGAUCUCUGUAAGUUAA